UAUAUUUCGUAAAUAACUUGUUGCACUUGCUAAGCAGCACCUGACGCUAUGCUACGCAUUUAAGCGUAAUUAAAUAUUUACCGAUAUUGAUAUUAGCUUAUUAAGCCGUCCAGUUGUCCAAACGACUUCUGUUCCAGUUACGCUAACGAUGCUGACAUAUGACCCAGCCUGACGACCUACAGCAAUUUCGCAUUUAGUUAGCGGCGAGCGCGCGAGGUGACCUAACGUGGAUUCGCGACACGGCAGACCAAACUUGGAUUCGAUAUGGUUUUGAAGGUGUUGAAGCGCAUGUCACAGGCGGAUAAUGUAUUCCAAUCGCUGCGUCCGCUCACCUAUAUAUCGCUGGUGGGCCUGGCACCGUUCCAGCUGAACCUCAACUCGGACAAGGAGGUGCACACUUCGUCGUAUUCCUUCAUAGCUGGCAUUGUGCACUUCCUCUUCUUUGUGCUGUGCUUUGUGGCAUCCAUACGCGAGGGCGACUCCAUCAUCGGCUACUUCUUCCAGACGAACAUCACCAAACUGGGCGAUGGCACACUGCGCCUCACUGGCAUCAUAGCCAUGUGCACCAUCUUUGGAUUCGCUAUGUUCAAGCGCCAGCGGUUAGUCAGCAUUAUACAAAACAAUAUCAUCGUGGACGAGAUCUUUGUGCGCCUGGGCAUGAAGCUGGACUAUCGCCGUAUCCUCCUCUUCACCUUUCUCAUCUCCAUGGGCAUUGUGAUCUUCAACGUUGUCUACAUGUGUGUCAGCUAUGGGCUGCUGGUCAGCGCCACCAUUUCGCCAUCCUUUGUCACCUUCACGGCAUUCGCGCUGCCCCACAUCAAUAUCAGCCUAAUGGUCUUCAAGUUCCUCUGCACCACCCACUUGGCCCAGAGUCGUUUCAGCAUGGUGAAUGAGAUUCUCCAGGACAUUCUGGAUGCUCACAUUGAGCUGAACAGCGCUUUGGAGCUGUCGCCCAUGCAUUCGGUGGUGAACAAUCAUCGGUAUGCGCAUCGGCUGCGUAAUUUGAUCAGCACACCCAUGCAGAGGUACAGUGUUACCUCGAUAAUACGCCAGAAUCCAGAGUACGCCAUCAAGCAGGUGGCCAACAUUCACAAUUUGCUCUGCGACAUUUGCCACACGAUCGAGGAGUACUUCACCUAUCCGCUGCUGGGCAUCAUUGCCAUAUCUUUCCUCUUCAUACUCUUCGACGACUUCUAUAUACUGGAGGCCCUGUUAAAUCCGAAACGCUUGGAUUAUUUUGAAGCCGACGAGUUCUUUGCCUUCUUCCUAACUCAAAUGAUCUGGUACAUUGUGAUCAUAUUUCUGAUCGUCGAGGCCAGCAGUAGCACCAUCAGGCACAGCAGCUGCAGCGCCGCCAUUGUGCACAAGAUUCUCAAUAUAACCGACGAGCCGGAGCUGAGGGAUCGGCUGUUUCGUCUCUCGCUGCAGCUCUCCCAUCGCAAGGUCAAAUUCACCGCCGCUGGAUUGUUUCGCUUGGAUCGCACGCUUAUUUUCACGAUAACUGGCGCCGCUACAUGCUACCUCAUUAUACUAAUACAAUUUCGCUCCACUCAUCACGUUGAAGACUUUGGAAGUACAAAUAAUACGGACUAUAUGUAACUGAACUAAGCUUAACAGCGUCUUUUAAAAAUCUUUGUAAUAUACACAUUAUUAAAGCUAUUUGUUAUCAAAAGUAUUUAGUCCAGACAUUAAUUGGAUUGGAUUAUAUAUGGAAAUGUUCUUCCAGGUGAACAUAACUGGCUUACUUUAUAGAAUCGAUCGUUUGUUAU